GCGGUUUUUAUAUGAAGAGAUUCAAAGGAGGAUAAUGUAGGAGACAUUCAAAGUUAAUGCAAGAUAGCAAACUUGAAGUAACUCUUUGGUGGCACUCCUGAACGUGGAACUCAAUGCCUGGUUCCUAGACGAGGGAACCCUGGGCGGUGCACCGACGACGGUUGCUGAUUGUUUCCGCCGACUUAUUGAAGGCGCGCUUGCUAUCGGUUUGCAAGUUAACGAGGCUAAAUGCGAACUGCUGGAAUUCGGUGGGUCAUCUGAAUCGCAGCGCGAUGUCACAGCGGAAUUCCUAGAGCGUUACCCACGACUACGUAUUCUGACGGAAUCCACCAUGUCUUUACUCGGUGCACCCGUAUUGGAUGUAGCAAUCGGCCCUGUACUGAACGAGAAGGCCAGUACCUUGAAGUUAAUGUGGGAACGACUUCAGUUACUACCUAGUCAUCAAGCCUUGUUUCUCCUUAAAAAUUGUCUCGGCGCCCCAAAAAUUAUCUACAUGUUGCGGUGCUGUAAUGCAUGGAAAUACCCUGCAUUACUAUAUCAGCUGGACGAAGCAAUGCGCUGCUGUUUCCAGAAUUUGUCGAAUGUACGGACUAAUCACAACGACUACCCGCCUUGGCGUCAAGCAACGUUACCGGUUAGCAGAGGUGGAAUCGGCAUCCGCCGGUCGGAAGAAUUAUCCCUUCCAGCCUUCCUGGCUUCGAUUCAUUCCGUAUCCGGUUUGCUAUCCGCACUACUGCCUAACCACGCCGCUGCUGACGUCACUGGUGCCUCGGAGUCAUGGAAAUUAAAAGCCCGUCAACCCGUACUCCCGGAAGCUGCAUUUCGGAAGUCCCAAAAGGCCUGGGACUUGCCAUUAUGCAACGUGUCUCUUGCGGCCCUGCUGGAGGUGUUUCAAGGAGACGAAGUCAACACAGCGCGCCUGCUUGCCCAGUCCAGGCCAGAGGCCGGCAUCUGGUUGAACGCCUUACCGUCCGCUCACAUCGGUAAUCUACUGGGCGAUGACGAACUGAAGAUCAGCAUCGGCCUCCGUCUCGGUGCUACAAUUUGUGAACCCCACGACUGCGUCAAGUGCCACAAACCGGUUGGUGGUUACGGGCACCACGGGCUGUCAUGUGCCUUUUCCGCCGGGCGGCAUCCACGUCACGGCGCGUUGAACAGCAUUGUCUGCAGAGCCUUUGUAUCCGCUGGUGUGCCCGCGAAACUGGAGCCGCGGGGCACCUCUCACAUCAAUGAACGCCGCCCAGAUGGCUGCACGACUUUUGCAUGGAAACGCGGAUUAUGCCUCGCUUGGGACGUGACCUGUGUAGACACUGUUGCGCUUUCACAUGUCAAGGCCACUUCCACCACAGCCGGAGCGGCCGCCAUGCAAGCAGAGUUACGGAAAUCAGGACUAUAUUCCUAUCUGGUCGGCCGCUACCUAUUCGUCCCGAUCGCCUUCGAAACACUGGGCCCGUGA